GGCUUAGUUGCUUCCCGGACCAGGGCUUGAACCCGUGUCCCCUGCAUUGGCAGGCAGAUUCUUAACCACUGUACCACCAGGGAAGCCCCCUUUUCAAGGUUUUUAGUUGUAAUUUUGAGGGGAGUGGAAUUAGGUGCUUAGAAACUUGUAGAAAGCUGUUUUUUAAAAAUGUUUUGAAUCAUGUAAUCCUAAUAAGUACCAUAACAAUAUGAGUGAAGAUUACGUGUAUUAUAUCCAAUACCACAUCUGGAGACCCUCUGCUGGCGAUCUUCAGAGAUAAAUAAGCCUUUCGUUGAACAUUUUCUGGCUGGGCACACAGCGGUGCUGGUCAGGGUGCACUAUGCAGUAGCACUUGGUGGACUGCUGCUCCCGAGUCCUUUCCUGCUGGGGACGCUUUGGGGGACCCGUGACUUCCGGUGUUUGACUGAGCAUCCCUUUGGCCCCAGCUUGUAGGAGAGCUCCUAGGAGAAAGUUUUUAUUUUUAUCAUUUUUAAAAAAUUUUUUUGGGCUCAACACAUGGCUUGUGGGAUCUUAGUUCCCUGACUAGGGAUUGAACCUGGGCCCUCGGCAGUGAAAGCACGUAGUCCUAACUACUGGACAUCCAGGGAAUUCCCCAGGAGAAAGUGGUGAUUCUGAGAAGGGGGAAGGGCGGGGCGGUGAAUGAGGGUUGUCGCUGACGUUCUGGGAAUGAGAAGAAGGUUCCGGGUCCGAGAGUCUGAGCGAGGUGGAGGGUGGACUGGCAGAGGACCUGCUGCCCAUGGGGACGAGCGCGUGUCAGAACUUCUAGAGGGGCCAUGGGAAAGUCGCAGAGAGCAGGCGCCAGCGGAACGAUAAGCAUGGUCUCUGCUGUGCCUUCUCUGGCCCUCCCUUCUCCUCCAACUCUUGGCCUUAAUAAGAUGAUGGAGAAAUAGGUCUUUUGUUCAGACUCUUAUCAGAAAGGUUAGAAAAUCAAGAACAAAAGCCACUCUGUUUGGAGAUCUGACUGUGAAAAACCCAGCAAGCACUUCCUGAACUUUGCCCCCCUUGCCAGCUAGAGCAGCAGGUUUAAUGGAGCAUAUCUGGGAGUGGGUUAAACUCCUUCCGAGACAGUGAUGUACCUUCAGGUGGACACACAGGUUUUGCAGAACCUCAGCACGAUGAGCAAAUAGAAGGCCGCUGGAAGCUGAUGACCGGUCUGGACAGAGUCCCCAGCGCUCCAAUUCCAUGGAAAGGCUGUCUCCACGAGCGCGCCCUUCCUGGAGCUGGUGUGAGGAGCCGGGCCCUGGCCAGGCUGGCAUCUAAGGGCCAACGAGGUGACAGACAGCGCAUACAUGGGCUCCGAGAGCACCUACAGUGAGUGUGAGACCUUCACGGAUGAGGACACAGGCACCCUGGUGCCCCCCGAAUGCCUGGACGCCACGGAGGAGCCCGGCCACGGCGCCCUGCUGCUGCUCCCGGGCAGGUCCCACCUGCACAGCCAGUCGGUCGUCACGGUGAUAGGAGGCGAGGAACAUUUCGAGGACUAUGGUGAGGGCAGUGAGGCGGAGCUGUCCCCAGAGACCCUCUGCAACGGGGAGCACGGCUGCAGAGACCCCAUCUUCCUCACCCCCAGCGCUGACCCGCUUGCCGCCAAGCUGCACAGCAUCCUCACAGAUGAGGCUUUUGAGUUUUACUGUAGCCAGUGCCACAAACAAAUCAACCGCCUUGAAGAUCUUUCUGCUCGCCUGAACGAUCUUGAAAAGAAUAGUCCAUCGAAGCGGCUCUCCAGCAAGAAGGUGGCAAGUUUUGGGAGCUGCCCACUGGCUUCCUGCAGUGAGAGGCACCUGCAUCAGUCAGGGGCCCUGACCAUGGAGGCCCUGCAGGACCCUCCCCCAGACCCUGUGGAGGGCAUGGAAGAGGACAUUGCUGACAAGGUUGUCUUCCUGGAGAAGCGAGUGUCAGAGCUGGAAAAGGACACAGCUGCCAACGGGGAGCAGCACAGCCGGCUGAGGCAGGAGAACCUCCAGCUGGUGCACAGACUUUUCACAGCACGUGGUGUGGUUUUCGGUGUUGGGAAGCUGGUCACGCUGUGUACCUCACCCCAGUUUGCAGCACUUCUCCUGCAGAGGACAAGGGACUUGGCCUGUGUGCAGCCAGAGCCUUGGGGUCACAGACCCCUUUCAAGAGGUCCAGAGGCUGGGAGCACGGCAUGUGUUCUGGGCGAAGCCUGGCCCUGCCGAACCCUCUGCAGCCCCAGGCUCUUCACCCUCCGAGCACUUGUACCAGCGCUGGACACGGGCCCCGAGGCUCUGGGGGACGCUGGCCUCCUGUUGUGGCUUCUCCUGGGCGAGAUGGGCCUUCAUGACCUGUCCUCCUGCUCUUGGAGGCUGGGAACCGGGAUGUGCCAUGCUGUCCUGGGCGCCUCGCCCACUGCUAUAACAGAGCAGCAGAAGCACGUUCUCCUGUGUGGUCGAGACCCUGGCUCGGGGGCCACCUGCUUUCCUGCCCUGCUUUCCUGCUGCAGAGCCAGAGGUGGGGUCGGCCCUGCUUAUGCGAGGGCUGGGGCUCCAGUGCUGCGUCUGCAGGACGUUCCUUCCUCCCUCCCUGUCCUUGUCCAGGGAGAUCUGGAUGGGCCACCAGACUCCUUUCUCCAGCUGACUGGAGGUUCAUCUCAUCCAAUGGGCACUUAUCAGUUAUCCACGUUUGUGGUGGAAAGUCCACACUCUGUGCCCUGCCCGGCCACCCAGCCCCAGGGCCUGUCAUAUCCACUUCCUGGGGCCGUUUCUGCCAGUGUUUGCCUAAGUUCCCCUCAAGCACACACUCCUGCCGCUGCUGCUUGGCGUUUCCCAGCCGCACUGACCCGCCGCACUGCUCUCCUUUCCUUCCAUCCUAGGAGUUCCACCUGCUUUCUCCACAUCUGGUUUCUUAUUCUCCAGAUCCUGCAUUUCUUCUUUGCUUACUCGCUUUCUGAGCAGAUGCCUUACUCGCAGCAUAGGAGCCAGGCUUCCUAAGGCCUCACGUGUCUGAAAACGGGGUUGUGUCGUGUCCCCCCUCCACCCCCACCAUCGAUAGUGUGGCUGAGUCUGGGAUCCCGCUGGGAGCUGGGUCCCUGGAAGCCGGCUCCGCUGCCGUCUGUCCUGUCUGUGACCAAGGCCCUGGCACCGUUGGGCUCACUGCUCUGUGGGGUCCUAUUCUCUCCCAACGCUGUGAGGGUCUCUUGUUGUUUCCUGUGCUGAGGGCACGUGGCUUCCAGCCUUUAAAUCUGGAAAACGUGUCUCUCAGAGUUUCUUCCAUUUUCUUGUCUGUCUGAACUUCUGUUAAUCAGAUAUCAGACCUUAUGGACCUUCCUUCUCAUUUUCUUUACUUCCUUAUUCUCUAACUUUCUCAUUAUUCUUUUUUUCUGUGUAAUAAUCUUUGGUUUUCUCCUUCAGUUAUUCUAUUGAAUUUAAAAUUUUGUCGUGUCAUAGUUUUAAUGGCUAAGAGUUACUUCUGUUACCCAUUCCUUCUGCGACAGCUGCUCCUGUUUCGUGGACGUGGUGUCUCAGGCCUCUGAGGGUGAUAGUUACAGGGCUUCUGUGGUGUUUCCCACAUGAUGUGUGUCUCCUUCAGGUCGUUUUUUCUGUUUGCUUUGGCCACUUUGUAUUAAGAGCUUUCCUGUGAUGUCUGGUGGUCUUUGGCUGUCUGUUCACUCUUGGGUGCGAAGCACCAAAAAGCAGAUGAGAAACCCUGUGUGGACGGGCAGCUUGGAGGCAUGGGCUCCGGCCGUCCGCAGGCAGGGCCCAGAGCCCUUCUCUGUGGUUUGGUCCGUUCCUGUCUCCUGCACUUGGGAGUGGUGGUCUGGGAAGAGGCCAGGGUCAGGGUCCCCAUGUGUACCUUCCUUCUGUCCCCAUGUUCUUGCUAUACCUGCCUUCGAGUCUGCCAUGGCUGACCUGGGUGGGGUGGGUCUGUACACCAUGUCUCCAGCCUGGUAUCAGUAUCAGUGCAAGGUGCCCUGGGGCCAGGCACCUGGUGGGCUUGUGCCCGGGAGGGUCUCCUGCCCACACCCAGCGAGCAGGAGGCAACUGUGGGUGCAGGCCAGGAUGGGGGUAAUUCCCGCUGGGAAUGAUGGGGACUGUCCUUGCCGUCAAGACUGUGCCGUGGUCUGAAGGCCAGUCACCCUCUGUGAGGUGAAGGGUGUUUGGGGGGAUACAUGUCCUGCUUCAGAACUGCCCUUGACUAGAGCUGUGGGCCAUUGGGGGACAUCUCAGUGCCUUCCUGUCCCCGCUCUGGGCAGGGCCGCUCUCUCCAGCUCUGGGCUCAGCAUCUCAGGACGGUUUCUCCCCUCCCCCUCUGCC